AUGUUGAAUGUCCCAGCAUUCCAAUGCCCUAGUCAAGUCUUCCAUCUAUUUGAGUAUCACCUCUUCUUCAUCUCUAUUCUUAGUGUCAUAGGACUGGGAUCAGCCCAGUUUCAAGUGAUUGGCCCUGAUGAGCAUUUUCAGGCAUUGGUGGGAGAAGAUGUCAUUUUCUCCUGUCAUGUCGUACCCAAGAUGAGUUUGGAGGAUAUGGAGGUGAGGUUCUUCAGGAACCAAUUCUCUUCUGUGCUGCUUCUAUACAAGGAUGGGAAUGAAGCAGAUGAGAAGCAAAUGGAGGAGUAUCGAGGACGGAUCCAGUUUGUGCAGGAUGCCAUCACUGAGGGGACAGUCUCCUUAAAACUAAACAACAUAACCCCUUCAGACAAGGCAAUAUAUGGAUGCGGGUUUAUCUCGAAAACCUUCUCCCAACAGUACACUUGGGAGCUAGAGGUAGCAGCUCUGGGGUCAACCCCUGUUAUCUCUCUUGAGGAAUAUAGAGAUGGAGGCAUCUUGCUGGUGUGUCAAUCAGCUGGGUGGUUGCCUCAGCCAAAUGUACAAUGGAGACAAGAUCCAGGACAACGUUUAUCACCAAAUUACACAGUAGAACAAGAUGAUCAUGGUUUCUUUUCCAUAAAAACCACUCUUACUAUAAAUGAACAUUCAAAUAAGAAUAUCUCAUGUUCAGUCCUGAACCUUGCCCUCAAACAAGAGAAGGAAUCCAGAGUGCAGGUAACAGAUGAGUUCUUCCAGACCUCCCCAUGGAGCAUUCGUUUCAUUGUUGUGAUGCUUCUCAUCUUGGCUCUCCUUGGUUUUAUCAUUUUUACCUACUAUAAUCAAGGUAAAAGGAAUGAAGAGGGGAGGGUAUUGCAAAAGUCUUUUUACUUUUCACAUAAGAAAAAGCUGGACUUAAAGAAAAAAACAAAAAAGGCAGAAUGGAUCACAGCCACUGAACAUUCAGUGGAAGUUACUCUGGAUCCAGAUACUGCUCAUCCCAAACUCCGUGUAUCUGAAGAUCAGAAAUCAGUGACCUAUGAAGACACAAAUCUUCCAGUGUUUGAAACUGAGAAAAGAUUUGAGUUUCCAUGUAUAGUGGCCUCACAGAGCUUUUCAGCAGAUAAACAUUAUUGGGAGGUGGAGGUUGGGGUUAUGAGGAAUUGGUUUCUGGGGGUAUGUUUGGAUGAUGUGAACAGGAAGGAAAGGAAAAUCCCAUUCUCCCCUGAAAAAGGCUACUGGAUUUUGGGGAUGUUGAAUGAUUAUGAGUAUUGUAUAUACCACCCCACCCAAAAGGCCCUCACUCUCUCAAUACAGGCCCAUAGAAUAGGAGUUUUCCUAAGCUAUGAGGAUAGCGAAGUCUCCUUUUUCGAUGCGACUUCAAGAACACACAUCUACACAUUCAGUAAAUGUAAUUUCCGUGGAAAAGCCCUCUACCCAUACUUCUGUCCUAGUAAAAAUUAUGACCAGGAACUUUCAAUUCCCAUGUCACUUUCUCCUAUGUUAACUUUCUCUUCUGGAGAUGAUACUUCUCAGGUCAACAAUAAUGAUGUCACCAGCCCACAGAUAACUCAAUGCCUCCUUUCUGUCAUCCCCCAUCACCUAGGGAAACUUUAA